ACGACGCCGCCUGCACCCCAAAAACAAGUCAAGUUACAAGAAAGAAAACAAGAAGCACCUGAAAAGAAGCCAAAAAGUCAACCGAAGCCACCAUCCAAGCACGUUGUUUCGGAAAACGUGCAAGACAAAUCAGAUUUCGCUAGACCGAGCCAGCAGCAAGUAGUGGAGGCGACUAAUCCAAACUACGAGACGAUGCGUGGUUUGAGUAACGCCAAAUUGUUCGACAAUGCACAUAAGCAAGGCGGUAGCGCCGAUUCGUGUCAUAACCAGAUGAAAGAGGCGCCUGAUAACGAAUACGAAUACACAACUACUUUAGACAAUGUGGCGAUCACUGCACAGGUAGCUUAG